UCCGACGAUGGCAUGAAACCUGCUGGCAUACCGGCUACAUGUCACAGCUUGGAGGCGACUUAAAUGUAAGCACACAUUGGUCAUGUACAUACACAAACAUAAGCUUACAAAACUAAUGUUUCUCUUUCAGUUUUGGAGACGGCGAUUUUUCAGAUUGGUUGGCGGUAGACUGUACUCACACACGGAUACGAACCAUUCUCUACGAUCAGUGAUUGAUAUGUCCAAAGCUGAAAUCAUGACUGUUGACCACGCUAUAGUGGCGCAUUCACAAGAACCCCAUGUCCUUGAAAUGAUAGAGAUGCUGCCACCGACCGACAAUGACUUGCAUCCACAUAUCAAGCCAGGGUCCAUCAUGUCAUCGCAGAUGUCCAUAUCGUCAGAGAGUACCAAUCAAAGGUUGUCAAGGAACAGCCUGGACAGUGACAGCUUGUACUGUUCUGUCAAAAACAGUAUACGGAUCACAUUUUCAAACGGAGAACACAUGGACUUCUUUUGUGACAACUCCAAAGAGCGGAAACAAUGGGUCGAUGUAUUGAAAGUCAUCGUAGGUCGUGUGCCAGAAUGGCCAGAGUGGUUGAUCGAAGGGCGUGAGGUCCUGAAUCAGUAACCCAAUCAACUCGUGUACAAAAAUCAGUGAAAUCAACAAUAGUAGUUUGUGUAUAUAAAAUAUAUAUAUUUAAUGUGUAUGCGGGUGAUUGUGUAUGUCUAUUUCUGCCAUAAACCAUAACGAUUACAAUGCAAAUAAUAA